UUUAAGUUUACGUUCUUAUCAACUUCAUUUUAAAAAGACAACCAAGCAAAUUGCUUCUGUGCGAUUAGAUUUGUCAUUUUAACGUCAGUUUACUUUUCAAAGUAAGUCAGGAGAAGGUGAACGCUGUGCUCUUACUGUUGCGAAGCGCUUGUUCAAAACAUCUUAAUUCUUAUACAUUCUGAUAAACACAGAAUUGGAAGACUCAUGUCGGAGGACUUUGUGUGAAAAGGAUAAAGAAGUUGCGAGUUUGGUUUUGUUUUCUUUGUUUGGCGACAGUGCUGUCUUUUUUUUUAUGAUUGUAAUGUUAGCAGCAGGUCUGGUUUCUUGACAAAGUCAGCUUACUGGUACUAGAGUCAUUUUAAAUGCUGAUUCGAGUUGAUUUUCGAAUUAAACAUAAUUAUUUUUGUGGAUGAAUAAUGAGUGUUAUCACUGAGUAUGUGUCGGCAUUGAACGGGCACAAAUGGCAGAUUUCUUGCCUUGAGUUCUAUUCUAGUGAAAGUACUGUAUAUUUGGCGUCUGGCUCAUGGGAUAAAACUGUGAAAAUUUGGGAUUUAAGCGAAUGUGACGCUUGUACCAAACUUAAAGGCCUGCACAGAGGAGCAGUAACAAGUUUAGCUUGGUGUAAAAAAUCACACGACUACAAUAUUUUAGCAACUACAUCAUCAGACAAAACGGCAUGUUUGUGGAACAGUGAUACGGGUAAAAGUUUGGCUCAACUUAAAGAUCACGAAGGUUGGGUUCUUGACUGUUCAUUCUCCGCAGAUAGUCGCACAUUGGCGACGUCGAGUUGGGAUUCAAACGUUAAACUUUGGGAUGUAGAAACGAAGAAAUGUGUACGAUCUUUAAACGACCAUGAAAGUGGAGUAUGGACUUGUAAGUACCAUAGCGAAAAUCCUAAUAUUGUUUGUUCUGGAUCUGAAGACGGCUCAUUGCGUGUAUGGGAUGCAAGAGCAACGACAUCGAGAUAUUUUGGUGGGCACGAUGAUAGUAUAAGAGUUUGCUCAUGGUCACCAAAUGGAGGCGACUACAUAGUCUCUGGUAGUGCUGAUACUACGAUAAUACUUUGGGAUUUCAGACAGAACGUUGCCCUCACAAAAUGUUCUGGACACGAGGCUCCCGUUACCGAUGUGAAAUUUUACCCUUUGGUCGGGAAAGAGCGAUACCCUAUAGUUCUAUCCUGUGGCGAUUAUUCAGUUCGAGUCUGGAAUCCGCUGGCAAGCUCGAAAGAACUUUUGAAACUGAAACAGCAUAAUUUUGGUUGCGAGGUUGAAGCGAUAGCAGUAUCAGACGAUGGUACAUUGUUAGCAUCAGGAGGAUUGGACAAUAAAAUCAUUCUUACGGCAAUGGAUGUUCCUGUGGACAAGCUUCAAGACAUGCCUGUGAAUCUAUCAAACGAGCUAUGGACUCGACAUAAAUCACAAGAAAGAAAAACAACAGAUAAUGUAGACGAUUGCGAUGGAUUACCACAUAGGGAUAAGGAGUUUGAAAAACUUCUCGAAGAAAUGCAGCAUCAUAACAAGAAAGACCAUCUUAUCAUACCACCUGUUUCUUCAGCAGCAAGUCUUUUUGAAGGCGCUCUAGAAAGAAAAGAUAACAAAAAUCUCGUUAGUCGGUCAUCAUCCAAUGACCACGUAGGUAGGAAAACCUCAAAAUCAAAGAAAAAAGGAUCAAAAAGACAUAGACCCCGCUCUUAUGUUCUGUCUGAUGGCGAUGCACCGUCAUUAUUGCUUAAUGCAGAAUUGACCAAGAAACUAGCAACAUUGAAAAACGGAAAAAACUCUUCUGAUCACACGGCAAACCCAUUGACAAACGGUGCUAAGGAUGGCAAUGUAAUGGAAAAUGGAUGUUUACAUAGAGAAAGGCAGGAAAUUGAAGAAAUCAGCAAUGAAAUGGUAAAUCUGGCAAGAGAAAUGGAGAAAACGUGAAAAGUGUAAACCUCAUUGUGACCUUCGCAGACUUAAGUGCCUAAAUUACAGUUUUUAAAACAAGAAUAUAUUGUUGCAUUAGCUGCUAUUAUAGUGACUCCAAUGUUUUAAUUGAAUUAUGACUCAGAUCUUCACCAGUUUUUAUCUAUCAUCAUCAAUUCAGUCUUAUUGACUGCCAAUUCAUCAGUAGAGAACAAUCGUCUUAUCUGUAUAAUUCUACUUGUAUGUAAAUUAUUCGUAAUUUUUUACCAUAGAUAUAAAUUCAUCAUAGUAUUAUGUACAUUUUGCAAUCAAUGAAUGCGAAGUACUACCAAAGUCGGUCGUUAAAACAUGGGCUAUCCUACCCCAGGGCUAUUAUAACUUUGCUGGUAAUUGUUUAAUGUAACUUUAAACGUUGAUCGAAACGUUUUUGCUUCAAAUAUUUCUUUAUAUUGGGCAGUUGGAAAGAAACAAAGCAUUGUUCAAAAUGUAAGCAUUGGCUUAAGCAUUUACUACUUAUGUUUAAAAGACAAACAGAUUUAAACAAAAAAUUUAUUACUACGGUUUUUAAACACUUUCGUAAAUUAGUUGCCCAAAGUAAUAAACUUUAAAAUGGCUUA